UAUAAGGAAUACUUUCACGAUUCUUUUUCUCGUCUUAAAACUACUUUGCAGGCUAAUGUCCCAUCUAAACGCAAAUAAGUAUCCGUGUGAGGUACAGAGUUAACUUUAGAAUGUUGCUAAUGCCAAAAACACCAACUUGAACCACCCAGCUUCGUCAAAAGGAUUUCCUAUAAAUACACAGCUGAACACGAUCUCUGGUUUAUUUCAACUCAUCGGUCAGUUGAAUCGACACCAAAGUCAAAGACACCAUGGAAGUUUGUCUGCUUCUCUUACUAUUGUUGCCGCUAAGCAUCUUCACAACAGCUGUGAAGGAGAACAAGAUAGGUGGAAGCUGCUCUUCAGACUCAUGUGGGGCCAACGCUGAGUGCUCAGCACCUACCGAUGGCAAAUGUAGAUGUAAAGAAGGAUUCACUGGCAGAGAUGGCGCGGCAGCUUGCAGUGGUAUUCCUGCAAAUAUGGUUGGUGGCCAAUGCACCGCAGGUUCAUGUGAGGGUAACAAUGUUGAAUGUCCGGCCAGUGGAAGCAAAUUCUGCAAAUGUAAAGAUGGAUUCACUGGUACUAUUGGAGCUACUGGAUGUGACAGUCUGCCGGGUAGUGAUGGAAACGGUGAACCUGGCCUCCCUGGUUUGCCAGGACCAGAGGGUCCAGAAGGUUCCCCAGGUAUCGCCGGUGUCCCAGGUAUUGAUGGAGGACCAGGUGGUGUUGAUGCGAAUACGGUUGGUGGCCCAUGCACCGCAGGUACAUGUCAUGGUAACAAUGUUGAAUGUCUGGACAAUGUUGAAUGUGGAAACAAGUUCUGCAAAUGUAAAGAUGGAUUCACCGGUACUAUUGGAGCUGCUGGAUGUGACACUGUGAUGGCGGACAGGAUCGGUGGUAAGUGCACCUCUACAUCUUCGUGUGGAGCCAACGCCGUGUGUUCAGCAAGUGCUGAUGGUGUCUGCAAAUGUCAAGAAGGUUUCAGCGGCAAAGAUGGCGAUGCCACGUGCACUGUCAUGGCGAACAGAAUCGGCGGCAGCUGUGUCACAUCUUCAUGUGGAGCCAAUGCUGAGUGUUCUUCUUCGGGUGUCUGUACCUGUGUCAACGGCUUCACCGGCCAAGCUGGCGACAUAGCUUGCUGUCAAAGUGGAGGUGCUGCCCAUUCUGUUGCCCCCUGGUUUCUUGCGUCCAUCACGUCUAUAAUAGCCUGCAUGCUUUAAAACCAGAUUGGUUCUUUGAGGCACAUGAAAUAGUUUAAACUGAAAGUUUUCCCUUCUGUCAAAGUGUUUUUUUUUAAAAAUGAAAUUAAACUAAAAAUGCAAAACCUAGAAUGCAAAAUACAAGAGAUUGAAGGAAACAAAACAGAAAUCAUAGCACACUAAUUCAUCGGAUGUGUAAGAGAUUCAAACUAUCGAGUAUUGUGGCGUGUGUAUAUCACACAAUAAACUAUAAUAAACCAAGGGUUAAAUUUGUCAGACAUUAUCGUCUCUGGAUACAAUAAUUGCUUGUGUGCUUGACAUUGUAACUAUCGGACACUUCAGUUUUGCAAUGUACAGACAGAUAUUGUAACUGUAUUUCUUUGUGAUCUUAAAU